CUGGAAAUAACUCAUUGACGCCAUCUUGAUUUGUCAAAUUUGCCGAUCAAGCCGAAGUAGCGUUACGCCGGAAAGUAUAUAAAUUAAUUCGUUAUUUAGUGCAGAUAUCUUAUUUAAAAAGCCAUAAUCAUGUCGGGUGGAAGCGGCGGCAACAGAAAUGAGUGCAGAAUAUACGUCGGAAACCUACCCCCGGACAUAAGGACAAAGGACAUUCAAGAUCUCUUUUACAAAUUCGGCAAAGUUACAUUCGUUGAUUUGAAAAAUAGAAAAGGUCCUCCAUUCGCAUUCGUGGAAUUCGAAGAUCCGAGAGACGCAGAGGACGCCGUGCGCGCCCGCGACGGUUACGAUUACGACGGCUACCGCCUGCGCGUGGAGUUCCCCCGCGGCGGCGGCGGCGGGCGCGGGCCGCGGGGCGGGGGCGCCGAGCGCUUCCCGCGCGGCGCCGGCCGCGGCCCGCCCGCGCGCCGCUCCGAGUACAGGGUGCUCGUCACCGGCCUACCGCCUUCUGGCUCGUGGCAGGAUCUGAAAGACCACAUGCGCGAGGCCGGCGACGUGUGCUUCGCGGACACAUUCAAAGAUGGCACCGGGGUGGUGGAAUUCUUGCGCCACGAAGACAUGAAGUAUGCCGUGAAGAAGUUGGACGAUUCGAGGUUUAGGAGCCACGAGGGCGAGGUAUCGUAUAUUCGAGUGAAGGAGGACUACGGCGGCGGGGGCGCCGACCGCUACAGUGGCGAUCGGGACAGAUCGCGGUCGUACUCGCCCCGCCGCCGCGGCUCGCCGACGUACUCGCCGGUGCGGCGCUCCUACUCGCGCUCGCGCAGUCGCGACCGCUCCCCCCCGCCCUCCGCCGCCCGGGAGCGCGACCGCGACUACUGAACACUACGGAAACAGGUCGGUCCCACACAAAUAGUUAUACUCCACCUCCAGAUCUAGACGUACUCGCCGGUGCGGCGCUCCUACUCGCGCUCGCGCAGUCGCGACCGCUCCCCCCCGCCCUCCGCCGCCCGGGAGCGCGACCGCGACUACUGAACACUACGGAAACAGGUCGGUCCCACACAAAUAGUUAUACUCCACCUCCAGAUCUAGACGUACUCGCCGGUGCGGCGCUCCUACUCGCGCUCGCGCAGUCGCGACCGCUCCCCCCCGCCCUCCGCCGCCCGGGAGCGCGACCGCGACUACUGAACACUACGGAAACAGGUCGGUCCCACACAAAUAGUUAUACUCCACCUCCAGAUCUAGACGUACUCGCCGGUGCGGCGCUCCUACUCGCGCUCGCGCAGUCGCGACCGCUCCCCCCCGCCCUCCGCCGCCCGGGAGCGCGACCGCGACUACUGAACACUACGGAAACAGGUCGGUCCCACACAUAUAGUUAUACUCCACCUCCAGAUCUAGACGUACUCGCCGGUGCGGCGCUCCUACUCGCGCUCGCGCAGUCGCGACCGCUCCCCCCCGCCCUCCGCCGCCCGGGAGCGCGACCGCGACUACUGAACACUACGGAAACAGGUCGGUCCCACACAAAUAGUUAUACUCCACCUCCAGAUCUAGACGUACUCGCCGGUGCGGCGCUCCUACUCGCGCUCGCGCAGUCGCGACCGCUCCCCCCCGCCCUCCGCCGCCCGGGAGCGCGACCGCGACUACUGAACACUACGGAAACAGGUCGGUCCCACACAAAUAGUUAUACUCCACCUCCAGAUCUAGACGUACUCGCCGGUGCGGCGCUCCUACUCGCGCUCGCGCAGUCGCGACCGCUCCCCCCCGCCCUCCGCCGCCCGGGAGCGCGACCGCGACUACUGAACACUACGGAAACAGGUCGGUCCCACACAAAUAGUUAUACUCCACCUCCAGAUCUAGACGUACUCGCCGGUGCGGCGCUCCUACUCGCGCUCGCGCAGUCGCGACCGCUCCCCCCCGCCCUCCGCCGCCCGGGAGCGCGACCGCGACUACUGAACACUACGGAAACAGGUCGGUCCCACACAAAUAGUUAUACUCCACCUCCAGAUCUAGACGUACUCGCCGGUGCGGCGCUCCUACUCGCGCUCGCGCAGUCGCGACCGCUCCCCCCCGCCCUCCGCCGCCCGGGAGCGCGACCGCGACUACUGAACACUACGGAAACAGGUCGGUCCCACACAUAUAGUUAUACUCCACCUCCAGAUCUAGACGUACUCGCCGGUGCGACCGCGACUACUGAACCUGAACACUACACAAACAGGUCGGUCCCACAAAAUUACAGUACGAGUCGAUAAAUGUGAACUUUCUAUGACAGUUCAAAAAUGCCACAAUAAUUCCGGUCUCUGAUUAUUUCCUUUUCUUUUCUACCCUUAAUUCACUUUUAAUAAAAUGCCCAUUCACAUGUAGUUACAAAAUCCAUUUUAAUACCGUAAAGUAGAAAUUUUAGCUCAUCUCUAUCAUGUAUUAAUAGUAUUAACCACUAUUUACCUACAAUUAUUUUUCUCGUAACAAAAAGUCUUCUUUUCUUGAGUAACGUAGAUGCAUGUAUCAUUUUACCAAAAAAAAUGUGUUUUCUUUGACUGCUUUUAUAUAACCAUAUCUGUGUGAAUAGAAACCGGGACCAGUUUCCUAUAAAACUACCGAGCUGAUAACAUUAGGACUUGAAAAAGUUGUAAUUUUAUCAUAGUGGUGUUUUGUACGGAACAGGUGCCUGACCCUUGUUGAUGUGUGUCGACAGCGGCGGCGGCGGCGGCGGCGCGGCGCGGCGACUAGCAUAAGUUUACCUUCAUGUAUAGCGACUUGCCUCCUGACACCUCACGAGCAUAUUUCAUAUGUAGACUGUUUGACCAAGACUUAUUUGGCAAACUGUGUAUUCGAUUUCAGGAAUGACCGACAAAAAAGGAAACGUAAAAAUCAUUUUGAGUUUUACAGUGUCCUUUUUUGUCUAGAAAUUGAUAAUAUUUUAGAGUACAAUUAAACAAAGCUAAUUUUAAAAACAAAAUUGUCGAUUUAAUAUAGUAGAGUCAGGAGGUAUCUCGCGCGAUAUGACGAUUUGUAUGACUAAAAGCGUUUUCUUUUGUUUCAUCCACUGUGGAUUGGAUUGGCUCGGAGUUGCUUGCUGGAUGAGGGCGUAGGAUCGCGGAUAGGAUGCACUCUGCGCGGAUCUUUGGAUUUUUGGAUCGUACCGAAGGAUCGGAUCUUUGGAUUUUUUGGAUCGUACUGAAGGAUCGGAUCUAGGAUCUUUUGGAUCGUACCGAAGGAUCGAAUCUAGGAUUUUUUUGGAUCGUACCGAAGGAUCGGAUCUCGGGAUUUUUGGAUCGUUGCAAAGGAUUUCUGGAUCUCGGACUUGCUUAAAAACUUUUGGAUCGUGCAUUGGAUCGGAUCGGAUUGGACCGGACCAGGAUCACGGAUCUUUGGGUAUGAUUUUGAAAUUUUUGCAAAUAAUUCUUUCUGUUGAGUGCACGCGGGCCGCGCGGGCGAGGGUCCCCAUGUUGCACGGACGUGCCUUGCCUCUAAUGGCUCACACACUUGGAUUCACCAAAAAGUGACUUCAAGCUGUUUGAGUCAUUAGAAUUAUUAAUGAACGUUUAUGCAACUCGGCAGCAACCUCCAUUAUGUAACUUUGAUUGAAAAAGGCAAGACUAGCAAAGCUUUUACCACACAACUCUGCGAGUCUGCCUUUACUACUAAACAUUAUAAUGCUUCAAAUAUUACAUUCAUGAAUUAUUAAUUACUAUUGUCAUUAUAAAUAAUCAUUAAAAACCAAUUUCGAGUUCAUUGUGAUGCUUAUGAAUUUUUUAACGUAUGUUAAAACGCUCAUUUCGUAUUUGAUGUUUUUAAGUAAAAUUAUGUGUACCAAUGAAUUAAGUAUAUUUAAUAAGUUAUAGUUAUCCUUGCCGGCGUCACUCCAAAAUAUAUUUAUUUAAAUGAUGUGUAUAGUCAGUGUCAUUCAAAGCUAUUUUGACACUUGACUAUUAGUCGCGAUGAGUUAAAAUAAACAUAUGUAACUAAGGUUACGGUUUUUUUUUGGUGGGCGGAAUGUUCAGUUUUCGCCUUUUUUCGGAAUAUUGGUUUUAGUAUACCUAUGUUACUUAUUGCGGUUUUAGAUAUAUUAAGGAUAAUUGAGACGCAUUCCAAACAGUCUUUGUACUGUAAAUUGUUUGAGUUGGUGGUAUUUGUUUUGGAGCGGCGCCGACUCGCGGCGACUACAUGGAUGUUAUUAUGGGAUUUUAAACUACUACUUCUAACUUUUAAUCUAGGCGCACCGCACGAGUUGAAUUUAUCCUAAAUUCAGAACCUGAAUCUUUAUGGUCACAUUGUCUAUGACUCGACUCAGUUUUUCAGAUUCUUAUAAUUAAAUCUAAACUCGAGUUCUUUUUAACUUGUUAGUGUCCCGAGUCUUGUAGAGACGUCCUUUUCAGAGAUCUCUUGAUUUUUUUUACAAAAUUUGUAGAUUAUGUACACAAAUCAUACAACAACGCCUAAUUUCUUUACUGUUAUUUAGGAAAAACCUAUAAAAUUGUUGUCGGAGUCUUUAUUCGGAGGCUCGAGUCCUUUUGAGUUGCUCUUAAAAAAGACUCAACUCGGGAUUUAAAAGACUCAGAAGUGUUUUAAGCGCCGAGUCUCGUAAAAACGAGCUGAGUUCUUCAAAUUCAGACUCAAAGGACUCGAGUUCCUACCAACACUAUCUAGGACACCUGUUCUUUUAUGGAAAUAUUUUUAUGGUCACAGAAUAAGUGUUUGGUGCGGCUAAGAAACCGUUUCUUAAAUAUUUAACCUAACUAGUAGUUGAACUUGAUAAUUAACAUAGUCAAAAGGAUGCCUCGCAAUUAUUGAAGCAUAACUAACACAUUAUGGAACAUCACCUUUUGAUGUCAAUCGCUCAAUGACCUAAUUCUCGACUCGAUUGAGGUGCGAGGUAAACAUUAGCCCUUAUAACUGGGUCAGUGCCCUGAUACAAUGUUAUAUUAUAGAUUCUCGCAUGAGCUGUUAUAGUAAUUGUUAUUUUUAUUAGGCUCAAUCGAUUAUAAAGUGUCAAUACUAAUCGAUCUAAGGUCAUGAUACAAUGUUAGCGCCUUGGCCUUUUUGAGCCGCGGCCAAAAAUCAUUUCCUUGGCGCCUCUUGGGCGACAACUUGGCUAUUAUGACCGUGUCGGGACUAAUUGACGAAUAUAAUCGUAGCACAAUCGAUAUUCGAGGUUAAAUAUACGUAUUUGCUAUGAAAAUAUAAUUCAAUAAGAUUCGCUUUCAACGUAGAAUCUUGAAAUCUAUUCAUUACAGAAAAUAUUAGAAUUUGCAUAUCAGAAGUAAAUCAGUAUUUUUCGUACAUAAAUUAUCUCAAUAAUUCUCUCCUCUAAACAUUAGUCGACUUUUUAGGUCAAUAGGUUAGUGGUAUUUUGCUAAUAAAAUAGUGGUGUGGUAGAAAGUAGCUCACAAGUCACCCACUUACACUCAAAUUUUAAUAGGCGAGAAGGCGAGUUUUUUUUUAUAGAGUUAGAAUAGUUAGAUUAUUGUAGGUAAGUAGCACUUUAAAACACACAAUAAAUAUUAUUAAAAUCCCGUGUACCAUCUUUGUAUCGCUUACCCUCGCCCAUCGCGAUUCCCUAACACUUGCUUUUCGAUGUUUCUACACCCGUAGGUAUAGCACAAGUGCACCGCGACAACUUGCGCGCGAGAUAGACUACCCGCCUUUCUAACUUUAUUCAUUGGGAUGAUGACACAUGAUUUUUAUAAACAAUUAAGUAGUUAAAUAAAUAGAAAAUGAGCAAUCACAAUAAAUUGGACACCAAAAAAUAAAUGAAUAAAAACAUACAAAACCACAGUUAUAUAUUUCUAAAAUGAUAAAAAUGUUCCCAUUGCAUGUUAUUGAAAAAUUGAAUGUUUUACCCUCAUAAUAAGCGUGACGUCGCUUCAGAGUACCGUUUGUCUUCUAGCCUUUUAAUAAUGGACGGGUAUAGUCUAUCUCUUGCGCGAUACUGCCGCGGCCCACUCGUGCUAGCCCUAUAGGCUCCGGAGCGAUCGCUUCCCGCCCUAGUAGCUAACUAGCAUGCUACGCCGAGUGUGUGACUGGUCUUUACUCUGAGCAAGCGGGAGGUAUGUUAGACGGCCGAGCGCUAGGCGAGGCCUAUAAUAUCACAAAUGUAUAUGUACUUGUAAUUUAGGUUCUGCAUUCCAUGCCGACACAGUUUGAUGGACUCAAUAAAUUCCUUUAAAAAAUUGGUUGUUUUAUUUAUAACAAAUCUUAAUACAGGAAAUACUUAUUUAGGUAACUAUCCAAAUGGUGAUAGCGAGAUAUAAUGACUUUUCAUCGUUUUGUUUUUUUCCCAAAAAAUGUAACUGAGUGGAGCUUUAUGUAUGGGAUGAAAUUUAAUUUUUCUCAAGAGAAUUUUUAUAUUUCUACAGCUAGAAAGACAUGCAAUAGCACUCAACUUUUUUUAUUUAUUUGAUAGUAGACUAGUAGUUGAACUUGAUAAUUAACAUAGUCAAAAGGAUGCCUCGCAAUUAUUGAAGCAUAACUAACACAUUAUGGAACAUCACCUUUUGAUGUCAAUCGCUCAAUGACCUAAUUCUCGACUCGAUUGAGGUGCGAGGUAAACAUUAGCCCUUAUAACUGGGUCAGUGCCCUGAUACAAUGUUAUAUUAUAGAUUCUCGCAUGAGCUGUUAUAGUAAUUGUUAUUUUUAUUAGGCUCAAUCGAUUAUAAAGUGUCAAUACUAAUCGAUCUAAGGUCAUGAUACAAUGUUAGCGCCUUGGCCUUUUUGAGCCGCGGCCAAAAAUCAUUUCCUUGGCGCCUCUUGGGCGACAACUUGGCUAUUAUGACCGUGUCGGGACUAAUUGACGAAUAUAAUCGUAGCACAAUCGAUAUUCGAGGUUAAAUAUACGUAUUUGCUAUGAAAAUAUAAUUCAAUAAGAUUCGCUUUCAACGUAGAAUCUUGAAAUCUAUUCAUUACAGAAAAUAUUAGAAUUUGCAUAUCAGAAGUAAAUCAGUAUUUUUCGUACAUAAAUUAUCUCAAUAAUUCUCUCCUCUAAACAUUAGUCGACUUUUUAGGUCAAUAGGUUAGUGGUAUUUUGCUAAUAAAAUAGUGGUGUGGUAGAAAGUAGCUCACAAGUCACCCACUUACACUCAAAUUUUAAUAGGCGAGAAGGCGAGUUUUUUUUUAUAGAGUUAGAAUAGUUAGAUUAUUGUAGGUAAGUAGCACUUUAAAACACACAAUAAAUAUUAUUAAAAUCCCGUGUACCAUCUUUGUAUCGCUUACCCUCGCCCAUCGCGAUUCCCUAACACUUGCUUUUCGAUGUUUCUACACCCGUAGGUAUAGCACAAGUGCACCGCGACAACUUGCGCGCGAGAUAGACUACCCGCCUUUCUAACUUUAUUCAUUGGGAUGAUGACACAUGAUUUUUAUAAACAAUUAAGUAGUUAAAUAAAUAGAAAAUGAGCAAUCACAAUAAAUUGGACACCAAAAAAUAAAUGAAUAAAAACAUACAAAACCACAGUUAUAUAUUUCUAAAAUGAUAAAAAUGUUCCCAUUGCAUGUUAUUGAAAAAUUGAAUGUUUUACCCUCAUAAUAAGCGUGACGUCGCUUCAGAGUACCGUUUGUCUUCUAGCCUUUUAAUAAUGGACGGGUAUAGUCUAUCUCUUGCGCGAUACUGCCGCGGCCCACUCGUGCUAGCCCUAUAGGCUCCGGAGCGAUCGCUUCCCGCCCUAGUAGCUAACUAGCAUGCUACGCCGAGUGUGUGACUGGUCUUUACUCUGAGCAAGCGGGAGGUAUGUUAGACGGCCGAGCGCUAGGCGAGGCCUAUAAUAUCACAAAUGUAUAUGUACUUGUAAUUUAGGUUCUGCAUUCCAUGCCGACACAGUUUGAUGGACUCAAUAAAUUCCUUUAAAAAAUUGGUUGUUUUAUUUAUAACAAAUCUUAAUACAGGAAAUACUUAUUUAGGUAACUAUCCAAAUGGUGAUAGCGAGAUAUAAUGACUUUUCAUCGUUUUGUUUUUUUC